AAACAGCUUCUCCCGAUAAACAUAAAGACAUUGUAUCUAAACAAAAAGACGAUGGCAGCAUUGAACUUGAUGAUACAAUAUGUAAGGAAUUGAUUGCUACUAAGGAAGAAAUUAUUGAUACGAUUAAAGAGAAAAUUACUCAUCCGAAACUCCAAUUACCCGAUCUUUCAUCAAGUCUUGCAACCGCAGUUAACCUUUCAUAUCUGGAAAAUGCAGCGUCAAAAUAUAAAGGUGAUUGGGUAGAUAAAUAUAAUAAAGCUCGUGACUAUCUUUCCAAACAAAUUGGUGAUGCCGAUGCUGAAAAAGAAUUAUUAGAUUGUGCUGAUGAGUUUGUAGUUGAAAAAACUACAUAUAAAGUGAUUGACGAAAAGAAACGAGAUGUAAUUGAUCUUAAGAAAGAUGAAAUACCGAAAGAAGAAAAAUCUAAAGCUAAAGUUAAAAGCUUUAUUGGUACUCUUUAUGAUGCACUCAUAGUCGUUGAGGAAGCAGCCUCCCCCGAAAAAUGCAAAGAAAUCGUCGCUGAUCAAAAAGAUGAUGGCUGUAUUGAAUUAAAAGAUACUGUUUGUGACGAACUAGAUGCACCUAAAGAAGAAAUUAUUAAGACAAUUCAAAAGAACAUUACUAAUCCGAAACUCAAAUUACCCGAGUCAAGUCUUGCAACUGCUAUUAAUCUUUCAUACCUUAAGAAAGCUGCACCUAAACACGAAGGUGUAUGGAAAGACAAAGCUGACAAAGCUCGUAAAUAUCUCUCGGACCAAAUAGGAGAUAAAGAUGCAGAAAAAGAACUUGAAGAAUGUGCGGAUAAUUAUGUAGUUGAUAAUUGCGUUAAGAAGGUGAUUAAAAAUAAAAAGAGAAAUGCUGUCGUUACGGUGCAGGAGUCUGCCACACCAGAAAAAUGUGAUGACAUAGUAUCUGAUCAAAAGGAUGACGGAUCUAUUGAAGUUAGUGAGACAAUUUGUAAAGAAAUAGACGUUCUAGUUACAGAUGUAGUACCUGAAGUGAAAGAAUGUACAGAAAAUCCAAAGCUUAAAUCUCCAGAAUCAGAACCAUGGUGGAAGACAGGACUUGCCACUAGCUACCUUAAUAUCGCCGCACCACAUCAUAAAAACCAAUGGGAAGAUAAAUCUAAAAAAGCUAAUGAAUUUCUUUCCAAACAAAUUGGAGAUGCUGAUGCUGAAAAAGAAUUAAAAGAUUGCACUGAUAAAUAUGUCGUUGAUAAUAUUGCUAAAAAAGUUGAAAAAGAUCAUAAGAGAACAGCUGCAAUUGUUGUUAUUCAAGAAAGAGCUUCUCCCGAUAAACAUAAGGAAAUUGUGUCUAAUCAAAAAGAAGAUGGCAGCAUUAAACUAGAUAACUCAGUAUGCAAGGAGUUAGAUACUCCUAAAGAAGAAAUUAUCAAGACCGUUAGAAAGAAUCUUACUAAUAAGAAACUUCAGUCACCCGAAUUUUCAUCGAGUCUUGAAACUGCUAUUAAUCUUUCAUAUCUGAAAAAUGCUGCGCCUAAAUAUAAAGGUGAUUGGGUAGACAAAUAUAAUAAAGCUCGUGAAUAUCUUUCUAAACAAAUUGGAGAUGCUGAUGCUGAAAAAGAAUUGUUGGAAUGUGCCGAUAAGUAUGUAGUAGAUAAAGCAGCGGAUAAAGUGAUUAAGGAACAUAAAAAAGAUGUAAUUGAUCUUAAGAAAGGUGAAAAACCUAAGGAUACAUCCUUUUUCAGCUCUAUUUAUGAAUCGGCUGCUAAACUUGGAGAAAAUAUUGAAAAAGCCCUUGGAUAUGAUAGAAGUAAACCUAAAGACUAUGAGAAAGCGGAAGCAAUUACUAUUGUUCAGGACUCGGCCUCUCCUGAAAAAUGCAAAGAAAUCGUCGCGGAUCAAAAAGAAGAUGGAAGCAUUGAAUUAAGUGAUACAGUUUGUGACGAACUAGAUGCUCCUAAAGAAGAAGUUAUUAAGACAAUUAAAAAGAACAUUACGAAUAAGAAGCUUCAAUCACCCGAAUUCUCAUCAAGUCUUGCAACUGCAGUUAAUCUUUCAUACCUUAAGAAAGCUGCAUCUAAGCAUGAGGGUGAAUGGAAAGAUAAAUAUAAUAAAGCCCGUGAAUAUCUCUCAAAACAAAUAGGAGAUAAAGAUGCCGAAAAGGAACUUGAAGAAUGCGCGGAUAAUUAUGUAGUUGAUAAUUGUAUUAAGAAGGUGAUUAAAAAUAAAAGGAGAAAUUCAGUUCGUAAGGCGCAAGAAUCUGCCACACCAGAAAAAUGCGAUGACAUAGUGUCUAGUCAAAAGGAUGACGGAUCUAUUGAAGUUAGUGAGACAAUUUGUAAAGAAUUAGACGUUCCAGUUACCGUUGUAGUAUCUGAAGUGAAAAAAUGUACACAAAAUCCGAAGCUUAGAUCUCCAGAAUCAGAAUCAUGGUGGAAGACAGCACUUGCAGUUAGCUACUUUGAUGUCGCUGCACCAAAACAUAAAAAGCCAUUGGAAGAUAAAUAUAAUAAAGCUCGUGAAUACCUUUCUAAACAGAUUGGAGAUGAGGAUGCUGCAAAAGAAUUAUUAGAUUGCACAGACCAAUAUAUAGUUGAUAACAUUACUAAAAAGGUUGAGAAAGAUCUUAAAAAAGAAGCUGCAAUUGCUAUAGUUCAAGAAUCAGCUUCUCCCGAUAAACAUAAAGAAAUUGUAUCUCAACAAAAAGACGAUGGCAGCAUUGAAAUUGAUGAUUCAAUAUGUAAGGAAUUGCAUGCUCCUAAAGAUGAAAUUAUCGAUACAAUUAAAGAGAAAGUUACUAAUCCAAAACUCAAAUUACCUGAGCAUAAAUCAAGUCUUGCAACUGCAAUUAACCUUUCAUAUCUGAAAAAUGCAGCGCCUAAAUAUAAAGAUGACUGGGAAGACAAAUAUAAUAAAGCCCGUGAAUAUCUCUCAAAACAAAUAGGAGAUAAAGAUGCCGAAAAAGAACUUGAAGAAUGUGCUGAUGAAUAUGUAAUUGAUAAAACUACAGUUAAAGUAAUUGAGGAAAAGAAACAAGAAAUAAUUGAUCAAAAUAAAGAUGAAAUACCGAAAGUAGAAGAACCUAAAGCUAAAGCUAAAAGCUUUAUCGCUGCAAUCUAUGACGGUGCUGUUAAACUUGAAGAUCAAAUUGAAAAAACCCUUGGGUUUAAUCAAGAUAAAGAUAAACUUGAUGAUCAUGAGAAAGCGGAAGCACUCAUAGUUAUUGAGGAAGCAGCCUCUCCUGAGAAAUGCAAAGAAAUCGUUGCGGAUCAAAAAGAUGAUGGUUGUAUUGAAUUAAAAGAUACUGUUUGUGACGAACUAGAUGCACCCAAAGAAGAAAUUGUUAAGACAAUUCAACCAAAGCUUCAACAUAAGAAGCUUCAACAAUUACCCAAUCUUCCAUCAAUUCUUGAAACUGCUAUUAAUCUUUCAUACCUUAAGAAAGCUGCUCCUAAACAUGAAGGUGUAUGGAAAGACAAAGCUGACAAAGCUCAUGAAUAUAUCUCAGACCAAAUAAAAGAUAAAGAUGCAGAAAAAGAACUUGAAGAAUGUGCGGAUAAUUAUGUAGUUGAUAAUUGCGUUAAGAAGGUGAUUAAAGAUAAAAAGAGAAAUGCUGUCGUUACGGUGCAGGAGUCUGCCACACCAGAAAAAUGCGAUGAUAUAGUAUCUAAUCAAAAGGACGACGGAUCCUUUGAAGUUAGUGAGACAAUCUGUAAAGAAAUAGACAUUCCAGCUACCAAAGUAGUAAAUGAUGUAAAAAAAUGUUCACAAAAUCCAAAGCUUAGAUCACCAGAAUCCGAACCAUGGUGGAAGACAGGACUUGCUACUAGCUACCUUAAUAUUGCCGCACCACAUCAUAAAAAACAAUGGGAAGAUAAAUCUAAGAAAGCUCAAGAAUAUCUCGCUAAAGAAAUUAAAAAUCCUGAUGCUGAAAAAGAAUUAAUAGAUUGCACUGAUAAAUAUGUCGUUGAUAACCUUACUAAAAAGGUUGAAAAAGAUCAUAAGAAAGAUGCUGCAAUUGCUGUUGUUAAAGAAACAGCUUCUCCCGAUAAACAUAAAGACAUUGUAUCUAAACAAAAAGACGAUGGCAGCAUUGAACUUGAUGAUACAAUAUGUAAGGAAUUGCUUGCUCCUAAGGAAGAAAUUAUUGAUACGAUUAAAGAGAAAGUUACUAAUCCAAAACUCAAAUUACCUGAGCAUAAAUCAAGUCUUGCAACUGCAGUUAACCUUUCAUAUCUGAAAAAUGCAGCGUCUAAAUAUAAAGGUGAUUGGGUAGAUAAAUAUAAUAAGGCUCGUGACUAUCUUUCUAAACAAAUUGGUGAUGCCGAUGCUGAAAAAGAAUUAAUAGAUUGUGCUGAUGAGUUUGUAGUUGAAAAAACUACAUAUAAAGUGAUUGACGAAAAGAAACGAGAUGUAAUUGAUCUCAUGAAAGAUGAAAUACCUAAAGUAGAAGAACCUAAAGCUAAAGCUAAAAGCUUUAUCGCACUCAUAGUCGUUGAGGAAGCAGCCUCUCCUGAGAAAUGCAAAGAAGUCGUCGCGGAUCAAAAAGAUGAUGGUUGUAUUGAAUUAAAAGAUACAGUUUGUGAUGAAUUGGAUGCACCCAAAGAAGAAAUCAUUAAGACAAUUCAACCAAAGCUUCAACAUAAGAAGCUUCAACAAUUACCCAAUCUUCCAUCAAUUCUUGAAACUGCUAUUAAUCUUUCAUACCUUAAGAAAGCUGCUCCUAAACAUGAAGGUGUAUGGAAAGACAAAGCUGACAAAGCACGUAAAUAUCUCUCAGACCAAAUAGCAGAUAAAGAUGCAGAAAAAGAACUUGAAGACUGUGCGGAUAAUUAUGUAGUUGAUAAUUGCGUUAAGAAGGUGAUUAAAGAUAAAAAGAGAAAUGCAGUCGAAACGGUGCAGGAGUCUACCACACCAGAAAAAUGCGAUGACAUAGUAUCUAAUCAAAAGGACGACGGAUCCUUUGAAGUUAGUGAGACAAUUUGUAAAGAAAUAGACGUUCCAGUUACCAAAGUAGUAAAUGAUGUAAAAAAAUGUUCACAAAAUCCAAAGCUUAGAUCACCAGAGUCAGAACCAUGGUGGAAGACAGGACUUGCUACUAGCUACCUUAAUAUUGCCGCACCACAUCAUAAAAAACAAUGGGAAGAUAAAUCUAAGAAAGCUCAAGAAUAUCUCGCUAAAGAAAUUAAAAAUCCUGAUGCUGAAAAAGAAUUAAUAGAUUGCACUGAUAAAUAUGUCGUUGAUAACCUUACUAAAAAGGUUGAAAAAGAUCAUAAGAAAGAUGCUGCAAUUGCUGUUGUUAAAGAAACAGCUUCUCCCGAUAAACAUGAAGAAAUUGUAUCUAAACAAAAAGACGAUGGUAGCAUUGAGCUUGAUGACUCAAUAUGUAAGGAAUUGCAUGCUCAUAAAGAAGAAAUUAUUGAUACAGUUAAAGAGAAAGUUACUAAUCCAAAACUCAAAUUACCUGAGCAUAAAUCAAGUCUCGCAACUGCAGUUAACCUUUCAUAUCUAAAAAAUGCAGCGUCUAAAUAUAAAGGUGAUUGGGUAGAUAAAUAUAAUAAAGCCCGUGACUAUCUUUCUAAACAAAUUGGUGAUGCCGAUGCUGAAAAAGAAUUAUUGGAUUGUGCUGAUGAGUUUGUAGUUGAGAAAACUACAUAUAAAGUGAUUGACGAAAAGAAACGAGAUGUAAUUGAUCUUAAGAAAGAUGAAAUACCAAAAGUAGAAGAACCUAAAGCUAAAGUUAAAAGCUUUAUCGCUGCUAUCUAUGACGAUGCUGUUAAACUUGAAGAUCAAAUUGAAAAAACCCUUGGGUUUAAUCAAGAUAAAGAUAAACUUGAUGAUCAUGAGAAAGCGGAAGCACUCAUAGUUGUUGAGGAAGCAGCCUCUCCUGAGAAAUGUAAAGAAAUCGUCGCGGAUCAAAAAGAUGAUGGUUGUAUUGAAUUAAAAGAUACUGUUUGUAACGAACUGGAUGCACCUAAAGAAGAAAUUAUUAAGACAAUUCAACCAAAGCUUAAAAAUCAGAAGCUUCAAUUACCCAAUCUUCCAUCAAUUCUUGAAACUGCCAUUAAUCUUUCAUACCUUAAGAAAGCUGCACCUAAACAUAAAGAUAAAUGGGAAGACAAAGCUGACAAAGCUCGUAAAUAUCUCUCUGACCAAAUAGGAGAUAAAGAUGCAGAAAAAGAACUUGAAGAAUGUGCGGAUAAUUAUGUAGUUGAUAAUUGCAUUAAAAAGGUAAUUAAAGAUAAAAAGAGAAAUGCAGUCGUUACGGUGCAGGAAUCUACCACACCAGAAAAAUGCAAUGAAAUAGUGUCUGAUCAAAAGGAUGACGGAUCCUUUGAAGUUAGCGAGACAAUUUGUAAAGAAAUAGACAUUCCAGCUAUCAAAGUAGUAAAUGAUGUAAAAAAAUGUUCACAAAAUCCAAAACUUAGAUCACCAGAAUCAGAACCAUGGUGGAAGACAGGACUUGCCACUAGCUACCUUAAUAUCGCCGCACCAAAUCAUAAAAACCAAUGGGAAGAUAAACAUGAUAAAGCUCGUAAAUACCUUUCUGAACAAAUCAACGAUGCAGAACUUGAAAAAGAAAUAUUAGAUUGCACUGAUAAAUAUGUCGUUGAUAACAUUACUAAAAAGGUUGAAAAAGAUCAUAAGAAAGAUGCUGCAAUUGCUGUUGUUAAAGAAACAGCUUCUCCCGAUAAACAUAAAGACAUUGUAUCUAAACAAAAAGACGAUGGUAGCAUUGAACUUGAUGAUGAAAUAUGUAAGGAAUUGCAUGCUCCUAAAGAUGAAAUUAUUGAUACAGUUAAAGAGAAAGUUACUAAUCCAAAACUUAAAUUACCUGAGCAUAAAUCAAGUCUCGCAACUGCAGUUAACCUUUCAUAUCUAAAAAAUGCAGCGUCUAAAUAUAAAGGUGAUUGGGUAGAUAAAUAUAAUAAAGCUCGUGACUAUCUUUCUAACAAAAUUGGUGAUGCCGCUGCUGAAAAAGAAUUAUUAGAUUGUGCUGAUGAGUUUGUAGUUGAAAAAACUACAUAUAAAGUGAUUGACGAAAAGAAACGAGAUGUAAUUGAUCUUAAGAAAGAUGAAAUACCGAAAGAAGAACCUAAAGCUAAAGCUAAAAGCUUUUUCGGUAUUAUCUAUGACAAUGCUGUUAAACUUGAAGAUCAAGUUGAAAAAGCCCUUGGAUUUGAUAAAGAUAAACUUGAUGAUCAUGAGAAAGCGGAAGCACUCAUAAUCGUUGAGGAAGCAGCCUCUCCUGAGAAAUGCAAAGAAAUCGUCGCGGAUCAAAAAGAUGAUGGUUGUAUUGAAUUAAAAGAUACAGUUUGUGAUGAAUUGGAUGCACCCAAAGAAGAAAUUAUUAAGACAAUUCAACCAAGGAUUCAAGAUAAGAAGCUUCAACAAUUACCCAAUCUUCCAUCAAUUCUUGAAACAGCUAUUAAUCUUUCAUACCUUAAGAAAGCUGCACCUAAACAUGAAGGUGUAUGGAAAGGCAAAGCUGACAAAGCUCGUGAAUAUCUCUCAGACCAAAUAAAAGAUAAACAUGCCGAAAAAGAACUUGAAGAAUGUGCGGAUAAUUAUGUAGUUGAUAAUUGCGUUAAGAAGGUGAUUAAAGAUAAAAAGAGAAAUGCAGUCGUUACGGUGCAGGAGUCUAUUACACCAGAAAAAUGUGAUGACAUUGUAUCUAAUCAAAAGGAAGACGGGUCUAUUGAAGUUAUUGAGACAAUUUGUAAAGAAAUAGACGUUCCAGCUACUAAAGUAGUAACUGAAGUGAAAAAAGGUACACAAAAUAAGAAACUUAGAUCACCCGAAUCAGAACCAUGGUGGAAGACAGCACUUUCUCUUAGCUACCUUAAUAUCGCCGCACCACAGCAUAAAAAACAAUGGGAAGAUAAACAUGAUAAAGCUCGUAAAUACCUUUCUGAACAAAUUGGAGAUGAUGAUGCUGCAAAAGAAUUAUUAGACUGCACUGAUAAAUACGUCGUUGAUAAUAUUGCUAAAAAGGUUGAAAAAGAUCAUAAGAAAGAUGUUGCAAUUGUUGUUGUUCAAGAAUCAGCUUCUCCUGAUAAACAUAAAGACAUUGUAUCUAAACAAAAAGACGAUGGUAGCAUUGAACUUGAUGAUGAAAUAUGUAAGGAAUUGCAUGCUCCUAAAGAUGAAAUUAUUGAUACAGUUAAAGAGAAAGUUACUAAUCCAAAACUUAAAUUACCUGAGCAUAAAUCAAGUCUCGCAACUGCAGUUAACCUUUCAUAUCUAAAAAAUGCAGCGUCUAAAUAUAAAGGUGAUUGGGUAGAUAAAUAUAAUAAAGCUCGUGACUAUCUUUCUAAACAAAUUGGUGAUGUCGAUGCUGAAAAAGAAUUAUUAGAUUGUGCUGAUGAGUUUGUAGUUGAGAAAACUACAGUUAAAGUGAUUGACGAAAAGAAACGAGAUGUAAUUGAUCUCAAGAAAGAUGAAAUACCGAAAGAAGAAAAACCUAAAGCUAAAGCUAAAAGCUUUAUCGGUACUAUCUAUGACAAUGCUGUUAAACUUGAAGAUCAAAUUGAAAAAGCCCUUGGAUUUGAUAAAGAUAAAAAACCUGAUGAUCAUGAGAAAGCGGAAGCACUUAUAGUUGUUGAGGAAGCAGCCUCUCCCGAAAAAUGUAAAGAAAUCGUCGCGGAUCAAAAGGAUGAUGGUUGUAUUGAAUUAAACGAUACAGUUUGUGAUGAAUUGGAUGCCCCCAAAGAAGAAAUUGUUAAGACAAUUCAACAAAAGCUUCAAAAUAAGAAGCUUCAACAAUUACCCAAUCGUUCAUCAAUUCUUGGAACUGCUAUUAAUCUUUCAUACCUUAAGAAAGCUGCACCUAAACACAAAGGUGUAUGGAAUGACAAAGCUGAAAAAGCUCGUGAAUAUCUCUCAGACCAAAUAAAAGAUAAAGAUGCAGAAAAAGAACUUGAAGAAUGUGCGGAUAAUUAUGUAGUUGAUAAUUGUGUUAAGAAGGUGAUUAAAGAUAAAAAGAGAAAUGCAGUCGUUACGGUGCAAGAGUCUACCACACCAGAAAAAUGUGAUGACAUAGUAUCUAAACAAAAGGAUGACGGCUCUUUUGAAGUUAUUGAGACAAUUUGUAAAGAAAUAGACGUUCCAGCUACUGAUGUAGUAAAUGAAGUGAAGGAAUGUACAGAAAAUCCAAAGCUUAAAUCACCAGAAUCAGAACCAUGGUGGAAGACAGGACUUGCCACUAGCUACCUUAAUAUCGCCGCACCACAUCAUAAAAACAAAUGGGAAGAUAAAUCGAAGAAAGCUCAAGAAUACCUCGCUAAAGAAAUUAAAAAUCCUGAUACUGAAAAAGAAUUAAUAGAUUGCACUGAUAAAUAUGUCAUUGAUAAUAUUGCUAAAAAGGUUGAAAAAGAUCAUAAGAAAGAUGCUGCAAUUACUGUUAUUCAAGAUUCAGCUUCCCCCGAUAAACAUAAAGACAUUGUAACUAAACAAAAAGAUGAUGGCAGCAUUCAACUAGAUGACACAGUAUGCAAUGAUCUGGGCGUUCCUAAGGAAAAUAUAAUUGAUACAAUUAAAAAUAACAUUACUCAUCCCAAACUUCAAUUGCCCCAACUUCCAUCAAUUCUUGAAACUGCUUUAAAUCUCUCAUAUCUGAAAAAUGCUGCGCCUAAACAUAAAGGUGAUUGGGUAGACAAAUAUAAUAAAGCUCGUGAUUACAUUUCUAAACAGAUUGGAGAUGCUGAUGCCGAAAAAGAAUUGUUAGAUUGUACUGAUAAUUAUGUAGUUGAUAAAGCAACGGAUAAAGCGAUUGAGGACCAUAAAAAGGAUGUAGUUGACGUUGUAACCGAACAAAUUAGCAAACAUGAUGCUCUUGCUACGGCUCAAGAAUCGGCCUCUCCUGAUAAGUGUAAAGAAAUUGUAUCUAAUCAAAAAGAUGAUGGUUCCAUUGAAUUAGGUGAUACAGUAUGCGAUGAAUUAGCUGUUCCUAAAGAAGAAAUUAUCCCCACGAUCCAAGAGAAAGUCACUCACGAGAAGCUCAAAUCAUCACCCCCGUCAUUAUUCUCAACUGCUAUCGUUCUUUCUUAUCUUAAAAAACUCGCACCUAAACAUAAAGACCAUUGGAAAGACCAAUAUGAUAAAGCAUGUGACUAUAUCUCUAAAACAGCAGUUGACCACCAUGGUGACGAUCCGGGUGAUUUAAGUUUUUCAUUAGUAACGUCCUUCUGA